UAUACAUUAAUAAUUUGUAGAAAGAUGCAUUAUACUGCACUUCUUUAUAAAUACCAGCAAAAUACAUGACGAUGUAGAAUUUUCCUUUUUCAAAGAAAAUAAUCAUAAAAUUCAUAUUUUUCUAUGAAAACAAGAAAGAUUCCAACAAGAAUGAAAACAAGAAUAAUUUCCUAAGUUAAUAACAGAGAUAAUUAUAGUUUUUUACUAAUAACGAACCAUUUGAUGUUUAUUUAAUAUAUCCGUAAUAUAUUUGAUAAUUACGGAUAGAGUUUCCGGAAGUCAUCAAUGUUGUUUAUGUUGUAUGGUUUCGCAGAUUAUCUCUAUUUUCAGUGUAAAUCUGUUGUUUCAGUUGUCACGCAUAAAGGCUAUUCGGUUUCGUGGUUAACAACAGCCACUAAUGAAGGAAUAAAAUAUAAUUAAUCGUAAUCCGAAGUUCGUGCCAAAUAACUUUACACAUGUGAUCAUCAGAUAUCGCGUAUCUCAUGUAGAUAGUAACUUAUAAAGACAUUAUUUUUUCUUAAUCUAGGAUAUUUAUCUUAUCUACGUUGCCAAUUAAUGCGAUAUUUUCACUAGUAAUACUCUAGUUUAAUCAAUUUAAUGGUCAACGCGGUGCAUUUCUGCAAUUUAUAUUUAGAGAAAUUUAUUAGGAAAACGAGGAAAAAUUGUACUGUAGCGUAUAUUGCAAAUAGUCAUAUCAGUUUUUCUUAACAUCUUUAGAAUUUUUUUUCACGAUUUUCACGAUUCCUGUAAGCUCUACAAUGACGAUUUAUGAAAAUAAUUCAGAUACCAAAGUGAAGUUGCAUCUCAGGCAACUAUUGACAGGUCUGGGAUCACUGUUGGGAGCCGUCGCGUCCGGUAUGUCAAAUGGUUACAGUGCGAUUCUUCUUCCACAACUGAAGACAAUUUCAUCCAACGAAUCUUCAUACGAAUCUACGGAUGCGGAUCACUUUGGAGAGCUCAAUAUUGAUCAAGAAUCAUGGAUCGCAGCAGCUGUAGUUCUGCCAUUAACCCCGGGAUGUUGGACCGGUGGAUUCAUGGCUGAAAAAUUCGGCAGGAAGAUGUCAGUGAUGCUGGUGUGUCCUGUUUAUUUUGUCGGAUGGCUGAUUAUCGGCCUCGCUAACGGUGUGACUAGUUUGAUAAUAGGUAGACUUCUCUCUGGGUAUUGCAUGGGAGUCUUGGCAUCGAUAUUUCCGAUUUAUGUGAGUGAAACAAGCGAUCCACUGUUACGUGGCAUUCUGCUGGGGGCGGUCAGUUUGACCCUCGCCAUUGGUACAUUGGCAUGUCACGCGAUGGGAACUUGGUUGCAUUGGCGUACCACAGCAUAUAUCUGCAGCGUGUUGCCCAUAAUUUGUUCGAUUGUUAACAUCUACGGAAAAGAGAGUCCAUUAUGGCUACUUGGUAAAGGCAAGAUGGAGGAGGCAAAGCGUUGCUGGAUAUUCCUUUAUGGCAUAGAAUCACUCGAGGAGUUCUCCCUGUUGGAAACCACCAGACUUACGGAAAUAUCGAGAAAGAAAACCAAGAAACGAUCGUUACUGCGUUCGCUCAGGAAAGCUUGGUCCUCACGGUACUUCCUGAGGCCUUUUGGCAUCGUUUGUCUAUACUUCUUUACCACGCAGUUCGCGGGCAGUAACGUAACGACUUUCUACUGCGUUGAGAUGUUGGCGGAUGUUUCGGAUCCGGCAUACGCGUAUCUGAUAACGUUGACCAUCGACGCGAUACGUUUGAUAUUCUCCGUUCUGGUGUGCGUUCUUCUGAAAAUAUGCCGCAGGCGCACUAUGACGUUCAUAUCCGGCUUCGGUGUAGCUAUCACCAUGUUAUCUUUGAGCGUGUGUUUGACAUUUGAUAUUGGAAGACCUUGGAGUCCCAUGAUUUUACUCGUCAUUUAUGUCGCACUGCUGCCAUUGGGACUGAUUCCCUUACCCUGGAUGCUUUGCGGUGAACUGUUCCCGAGGAAGUACCGUGGGCUCGGUUCCGGCUUAACGUCCGGCUUCGGCUUUAUCUGCUUCUUCGCGGUGAUUAAGACAAUGCCGCCUAUGAUGGAAUAUAUAAAGGCCGAAGGUACAUUCGCCGUUUACGGCUUUGUGGCAUUAAUCGGAACUAGUAUUUUAUAUUUUGUUCUUCCGGAAACCAAGAAUAAAACUUUGCAGGAGAUUCAGAUGUUUUUCGACAAAAAAUCUCACGCAUCAAGAGCGCAAAAUGUGGAUAUUCCAUUAAAUGAGUACACCUCUUCUGAUAAAAAUGAAGAGUUGAAUAAAAAAAUAUCGCAUGAUAAUGAAUGAUAAUUGUU